CUAAGUCAUUGCAUAAUCGCAACAACAUGGCGCUGCGAACAGAGGGUGGCGGUAAUGCACCAAGACGUUGGAUGCCACCCGCCGUAAAACAAGAAGAAGAAGAAGAAGAAGAACAUGGCGCUGCGCUCUUACUGCCGACAGCUUGUUUCACAGAUAGCUCGUUUGAAGCAUUGUGUAAACGACUGUACGAUAAAUGUACCCGCUUUAAGUUUAUCUCGUGCAAGAAUGAAAAUGCCGCAUCAGUCUGCCGGCUUGCAAUCGAGUCGUUGUCAGAGCAGCUGGCGCAGAAGGUCGUGGUAUCCCCCUGUUGUUGCAUGUAUCAAUGAGAAGCAUCGCACGAGAACAGCCGGGUGGGCUCUUGCAGCAUGGGGUGCCAUGGCGUUUUCGCUUUUUGGAAGCUCCGACGAGAGGACUGAAGAACAGAAACUUGAAGAUGAACUAAUUCUGCUGUUGAAGAAAGCCAAGUACAGCAUGAUGAUCGGGGAACUGGACGCAGCGAACGUUUUUUUGCACAAAGCUGUCCGACUGGCACAUCAGACACACAAUAAUGACGCCAUCAUAUACACAUACAGCCUGAUGGCAAAUCUUGCUUUCGUUCAAGGUCAGCUGGAUAAUGCUGAGAAGCUGUUCAAAGCAGCGAUGAGUUACAUGCUGUCAGGUGGCACGCCACAGGAUGACAAUGCAGUAAUUGAAAUGUCGCUGAAGCUGGCCAGCAUAUAUGCUACUCAGAACAAGAACGAGUUGGCAGAGCAUGGCUUCCAGUUCUGCACAGAGUCUUUAGAGGCCAAGAUUGAGAAACACAAAGACCUUCCACUGGAAAGUCUGUCAGAUGAGGAGCGCAAAGACACCAGGUUGCUGUUGGGUCUUAGUCUAGACGCGAGAGCGCGUUAUUUGGCAGCUAAUCGCCAUUUCACAAGGGCUUGCAGGGAUUACCGGCAUGCCAUGCAGAUUUGCCAGGAGGAGCAGGGAGAGUCACACCCACAGUCCCUGGUUCUGAUGAGUGACCUGGCGACCGUUUUGGACCUGCAGGGGAAGCAUGAUGAAGCGCUGGCUCAUGUUAAGAGGGCCAUUGAGCUUGCACAAGCAUCUGGUCACCCUGAUCAACAUGUACUUUUAGGAAAUAUGGCAGGAAUUCUCAUGCACAAAGGGGAGUUUGAGGAGGCUGGCAAACUGUAUCAGGAGGCUCUGGUCCUAGCGCAAGCAGCUGGAGAUGCAGAGGCUGUUGAACAGCUUCAGGAAGGGCUGAAGGAGCUGGCCAACAGGAAAAGUGAGAAAAUGACAGAUGAACAGGAAAUCUAGGAAUAAUCCAAACAAUGCAUGUCAAUCCAAAUUCAAUGCAUUGAAUGAUGGCAUCCUUAACAGGACCAUAAAGAUCCAACCAUAAAAACGUGUAAUAUUCACUGGUCGUGUUUCACGUGUUUUACAUUCAACAGUGCACGAUUGAACUGAUGCCUAUUUAAAUCUAAACUUUCAUUAAACUUUUGUAGAUUUACUUUUAGUUAGUAUAUGUGGUUCCUUUGUGAAACUGAAUCAGGGCAUAUAGUAAAUGCUGAUGACUGAGCGCUAGUAUGUCAGACAUUUUAUACAUCAGGGUAACUCAUCAUCAGUCUGUUGACUUGAUGUGCAAUAGAACAUUUUUCUUGUGUGUGUGUGAAAUUUGCAAUGAUCUUAUUUAAAGCCAAUUAGUUGUGUAAUGUAUUUGUUGUGAGAAGUGAUUUUGUGAUUUUGCGAUGAACAAAUUUCGUUUGAAUUGGUCUUGUUUACCCCAAAGAAGCAGGUGGUCGCAAAAAUGCUUCCUGCAGUUAUAGAAAACCCGGAAAUAUCAGGGAAAUUAGGAAUUGUGCCUUUGAAGGACAGGAGGUUUCAUGCGGAAGUUAAUAAAAUCGGUCAAAAAAAGGUAUAGUAGACCCAAAAAUGAAAUUUCUGUCAUCAUUUUGUACUCAACCUCAAGUUGUUCAAAACCUGUCUAAAGUUUGUUGUUCUGCUGAACACAAAGAAAAAAGAAGAAUGUUUGUAAACACACAGUUCUGGGGCAGUUUUGACUAUCAUAGUGGAAAAAAAACUACUAUGGAGCCUCAAAACUUUUCGGUUACAAACAUUCUUCCAAAUAUAUUUUAUGGUUUUCAACAGAUCAAAGACAUUUAAACAGGUUUGCAAAAACGUGAGGGUGAGUAAAUGAUGACAGAAUUUUCAUUUUUGUGUGAACUAUAACUUUGAGUCAAAACGUUUUUUUGCGGUUUUUCCUUUUUUGCCCAUGUUUGCACAGAAUCUAAAUACAACUAAAUAGUCCUGUUUGUGUAGAUGCAUCAAACUCGAAGAACUUAACCUGACAAUAACUUGUGAAGAUAUCCAGUGCUUAAACAUUUUGUUAAAGAAGCUUUCUCGAAAUUUGCAUAGUGCGUAGACUUAAAUGAAAAGGAGAUCCGCUCGGUUACUUAAUAACUGGCCUUGGAUCCUUUGUAUCCAUUAAACCAUUAGUCAAGUUUUGGUCAUUCUGUGAAGAUGCUCCAGUUCUCAAUAAUCAAGUUAAAUAUUUCCUCCUUUCACUGGGCAAAGACAUCCAACAGAUUUUAAUCAACAGCUAUGUUCUGUUUUGUCCCCCUCAGCAUCGUUGAGAGAUGUUUUGAAAAAGCUAUGUCAUCAUGUUCCCAAUCCAUUAGACUGAAUCCAGACAUGAUAUUUUAAACCCGUAAUUAUUAAUAGUGGGAACGGCAAGUGCAGCCUUAAUAAAGGAGGACUAGAGCAGCGUUGGGGCGGGUGCUGUCGGUGUGGUCUAGUCAUAUGACUGAGAGUAUAAGACCGAGAUCAACAUGGCUCAAGAAGUCAUUUUGAAUCUCAUAAGAGGGUGGUUUAUCAGAUAAGACUAGCUCAUGUUGUCAUACCAAUCUAAUAUCAGUCUGUUGGGCCGUAAGGUGGGAUAAACGAUCUUUAUAUUGGCAUAGACAUUAAUGCUGUGAGCUGUGGUUUUCUGCACCUAUGAAUCCUUCUUAAGAAGGUGCAAUGGUAAUAAAAAAUACAAAUAACUGGGUUGUAUUAACUAGCAAUUAUAUAGUAACCAUAUUAGGAUCUGUAAAAUACUUUCAUAAUGGUGCAAUGUCUCCUGGAUAUUGUUAAAGGUUAUAAAAAUAACAAAUGUCUGAUGCAUACUGUGUAUGCAAAUAUUUAUUAUUCAGUGCACAUUUGUUUUCUCCAGUAAAAAAAUGAAAAUUGGGGAAAAAUUGGAAUGACUCUUAAUAUCUUUGUGAUUCAAUUUUGCUGUUUGUAUGUUAGUUAAUAUGCAUGACGUAUGUUUAUUCAUUCGCUAGAUAUUAUUAGUCAGUACACAGCUCUUUGAAACGCUUCAUCCAGAUUGGAGUCCCUCAUGGGACUGUUUGGAGCUGGUCUAAGCUGGUCCAAGCUGGUUGACCUGCCACCAUGUUUCAAAAACCAGUUCCACCAGCUUGUGAGAUGUACUAAGUGGCAUCCGCUUUGCGUCAGAGUGCUGUUGGGGUUGUGUAAUAAUGACCAGCAGGCUGUGCUUUAUUCCUUGAAUUGCAUUUUUGAAGUCCAUUACACAAAAUACUGGUUUAAAUAUUGUACUCUGCGUUCUCUACACACUUUUAAAUACAAGAUAUUGGGUGCCCAGACCCACGAAGCUCUCUUAAUGAAAGUUUAUUAUAAUAUCUUAUUGAAUUCUUACAACAUGCUCAAAAGGUUAGCGUGUAGCUUCAGGCAUAGCUCAUGUUUAAGCAGUACAGCUUGCAGGUCGUUUUUUCACCAGUCCUUCUGAAUCUGUUUACGCUGAGCUAUAUUCUUUGUUUUUCUUUUUGAGAUGUAGCCUAUAAUAUGAAUAAUGUGAAGCAGGGUUCAUUUUUAUGAAAGUCAUACUGCUUUAGAUGUAGGUUUCUCUUUCGCAGAAAAAAUAAAAACACGUUCCAG